GAAUUUUUCUCGAAUACAUUCGGGGGUAUGAGCUGCACAAAAUAUCGAACAGUGGGAGAUUCAAAUCCGACAAUUCCAAAGAAUUAAUAUUUUCAUUCAGAGGCGAUUUCUUCUCUAAUUUUCCGCAAACUUGAACUAUCAAACUCAACUUAACUAAACCACCACUUUGACUCCAAGGUGCUUUUGAAAUAAAUAUAUUAGCAAUUUUCAGGAAUUGGCGCGUGACGGUGUGACGUGUCCAACGUUAGACAUCCGAAAUAGAGCAAGAAUGAAAGCAGAAUGGGAAAAGGGGGCGGGGGAGAGAGCGGUGGAGCCUGCCUGAGCACGGGCCUGAGCGUCAUGCUGAGCGUGGCCUGAGUUUGAGUUAAGGGAGAAGUGAAAGUGGGAGAAGGAAGAGCAAAGCGCAAAAGAAGAAAAGAGAUCGAAUCGAGUGAGAAAGGAGCCCAUGGCACAUUCCCCUUCUUUGGGGAGAUAGUCAAGAGAAUAAGAAGAAGGAGAAGAAGAGCGAGAAAGAAGGAAGAGAUUUUGAUCCCCGUAGAGGGAGGAUGGGCUUGCUGAAUGAUGCUUACUGCAACCCCCGUCGAAAUAUAAGUCAGAAGUCAACUGGUGUCAGAACUUGGCAUAAUUUUGUGCUAACAAUUAAGCUAUGUUUAUCGUGCCGACGGAGGUGUGUGUUCGGUGUUGUUUAAUUUAUCGUGGACCUUUGAGGCUGUAAAGGGAAAGAAAACCCUAAAAAUCCAAGGAAUAAGAAGAAAUGGGAGCGAACGAGGGUGAAGGUGAUGUCUCUGAAGGUGGAUCUCAGCCUCAAGCAAAGCCGAAGGAAAAUCGAGGCCUUGCCACUGCUGAAGCUCUUGAAAUUUUACACAGAGAUAUCGGUCGAGUUCUGGACGAGUACACAGAUGAAUGCAGGAAAAAUAAAAAGUACAGAGCUACUCUAAAGGAUGCUCUGCAUCAUCGCAGUCAAUACACAACCCUCUGUUGGACCUCGGCUAUUGGCUUACUCAUCAAUGCCGUUACUCUUAUUGCCACAUCUUUCAGUAACACCGAAACAAUGUAUUCUGCACUGCCGUACGAAGGACUGAUAGUUUGUUGCCUCGUAGUGUUUAACUUUGCCCUAGUUGUAUCAGACAAUAUAUUACGUCACAAUGAAAUCCCGCACAGGGUCCGGAAUCUUCUUAAAAAAUUGGAAGGUGCGAGAACGGUGUGUCAUUGGGAGCCAGAAAAUUAUCCCCACUUAUGCAGUCCGCUGUCUCCGUGCCUUACGCUCCAGUGGACAUAUCGUGAUAACGUUAUCGUCAAUUUGCCAUGGGCGCUUCUCGUCGCUGGCGACGUAAUAGUCAUCAAACCGGGACAACAAAUUCCUGGCUAUUGUACUCCAUACGAGAAUCCCGAGGAUCCUAUUUUACACGCUAAAGAAGUGUAUAGUCCUUCGGUGCACGGUGCCAAUGAGAUAUUUUCGACACCUCAGGCCCGGACGCCAUUGAAAAAUAAGGUGUACAAGCUUCAAGAAACACCUUAUUUAGUCAACCUUAGAAUGGCCUUGGAACAAGCUUUGGACAGACCAGUGACGUAUCACAACCGUGAACGUCAUUUGGUGAUGGUAUGCUGCAUCGAACAAUUGACCUACCCAAUACUAUUAAUAAUUGUAGUAUUGGUGAAUUUAUUACGCUAUCUUUAUCUAACGGAAUACGUUGGAAUCGGUCACUGGAGUGAGAUCUUUUUGCUUCAACCUAUAGCCGUAACUCUGCCGCUAUUACCAAUUAUUUUUCCGGCUUUUUGGAUCUUACUUAAUUGCUUUGGUAUGGCAAGAUUCAAAGCUCUCUUCAAGCUGUAUCAAUCCUCGAAAAAAAUGCAGUUCGUAGAUCCCUUUGAGGAUGCCGAUAUUUCAGGACCGAUUAGUCCUGGAGUUGUUUACAAUUGGUCUGAAUUGACCGAGUAUUUCUUCGAUAUACUAUUCGGACGUGAAAAUAUGAUGUCCAGGUCCGCAAGCAUUCUUCACGUUUUGGGUUCUGUUACGGCACUUUGUUGCAUCGACAAAAAAGGUAUUCUCUCGUGGCCAAAUCCAACAGCGGAGAAAGUAUUUUUUCUAAGGAAUUCCAACACAGUAUCACGAACCUCGAGCACAGUAAGCCUCGAUAAAACUGCGGAGGCAUCGCGUCCCUCCGAGUCUAGCAAAAAUGAAAUCAACAAAAUGACCUAUGUGCAACACGACAUGUCCCAUUCGGUGGCGGAAGUUUUAGACCUUACACACGAUCACGCUCUUCCGUUUCGUCUUCAAUUCGAUGACCAUUCAUGGCGACAGCAUUUGAAUUCCCUGAAGCCGCUUGGGCUAGCGAUUUUACUGAAUACGUGCAAUAUGGAAACACAGGAGCAUUAUAUGCAAUUUUGUUGUCACGUUACGUGCGAGGCGCUUUAUAACGAGAAUCUCGUUCCCGUAAUUAAUAGACGACGCCAGAGCAACACCUUAGACGAUAAGAGUGACUAUCGAGCAAAUGACACAAAGCAAAGUUCGAGACAGGUCUAUUUAAUCGAAGAAUCUGGAUCCCUUGGACAGAUGUGUUGUCUUUGCGAGUUGGCGAAGCAGAUCGGAUUUCAAGAUCAGGCGCAAGAGAUUUUUCAAUUAGAACAGCAACUCUCAACUUUUCGUCACGUCCAACCGGAAAUGGUUCGUCGAGAUAUAAAAUUUGCGAGAUCCUUGUCGAUCUCAACGAAAUUGAAAUUUCCAUUUCCACACAUGGUGGCAGUCGUAGUGAAGGAAAAGAGUGGCGGAAGCUUACAGUUACUAACGCAAGGGACAGCUGACAUAAUUCUCGAUUCUUGCAUCGAAUUUUGGGACGGGCACGAUCUUUGCCCGUUGUCGCCAUCGGAUCGAAAGAAAGUUCAAGACUUUUAUCAACGAACGAGUCUUACGUCUUAUUGUACGGCGUUCGCUUACAGACCGUUGAUACGAAGCAUUAGUAAUAAAUUGUCAAACAUAUAUCUUGAGCUCCCAGCGGAUAGCAAACAUUUGUACAUGCCGCACAGAAGUCCCACGCCAUUACCUUGGGAUUUUCGAAACGUUUUGGAUCCACGAGUCAAAGGCAUACUUGGACAAUUUCAUUCAACAGAUUCGCUCUUGUGUAACGACAGCAAAGACGAGGAAAUAAACGACAUAGAGAGUUGCUUCGAGCUUCAGUGCAAUCAAGUAUUUAUCGGAAUGGUGACGAUGCAAUAUCAGGCGCAAACGGACAUGGUACAACUGAUCGAACAAUUAGAGAGGGCAUGCAUAAGAUUCGUUCACUUCAGCAAGGAAAAUGAAUUGAGAUCACGCGUAUUCUCAGAGAAGAUGGGUCUAGAGAGCGGUUGGAAUUGUCACAUUUCAUUGCUCAGCGAAAGGGCUAGGUCAGAAAGUCCGGUGGGCUGGUGGGUGAGCCAGGCUGCAGCCAUGUCCUCACCCACACCUUCUGCCCAAUCUCACCAACGUAAACAAUCCUGCAUGGACGAGGCCAGCCACUUGCUUAACCGCGUCUGUCCCCGCUCGAAUCUGGAUACGAGUAAAGCGAUGAGUAUGUCCGCACCAAGUGCAAUAAAUACGGAUUUUUCGACCGUGAAAUUCGAUGACGAAGCAACGGAAUGGCACAACGUCGAGCCUCCGCAUCCCAAAAGUGCAAUGAGUCAUAGUUACAAUUUGCUCGAGAAAAGGAAUGGAGAAUCAAACUCGUCGACCAUGUCAGAACACGAGACCGUAAGGAGUGAGGAUAGUGUACUGGUACAAAGCGUUGAUCUUGGAUCCGGGCAAGAAGCUUGGAGAUCUCUCAGUUGCCUCACUGACAGUACAGAACAGAGUGCACCGGUUAAUUUUGAUCUUUCAAACAGGGCAAAACUUCCUCGUGGAAUCGACAAAAUACGGCCGCACAUUGAACUCAUCGACAACGUACCUCUUCUCGUGUCUCUCUUCACGGAUUGCAAUACCGCAGUGACACGAGAAAUGUUGCACAUAAUGCAGGAUUAUGGCGAGGUUGUUUGCGUGCUCGGUUCAUCAGCGAAUGCCGAAAAUAUGCCGAUAUUCAUGCAAGCCGAUGCCGCAAUUGGCGUAGAACCGUUGUAUCCCCAAGUGUGCCAAAAAGUACCGGUUCUAAAACCCAUUAAGGAGGAUCAAGGACCUACACCCGUUGAUCUCAGCCGAGCCUUAAAUUCAAUCACCUGCUCUCUCAGUGUAAAGAGAGAAGAUCCUAUAGCCAUAUAUUAUCUUGUGAUGGAGGCUCGCGAUUACAUGAAGUGCCUAUGGAACUGUGUUCAAUUUUGGUUGUGCUGCGUCGUCACGGUUUCCUUUGCUCAAGCUAUAUCUGGAUUUUUACUUUUACCACCGUUGUUUUCAGUCAGUCAAGUAAUGUGGUUGUGUUGUUUAAUCAUUCCGCUCUUGUCAAUAUCAAUGAUAGCGACACCCACUGAUUCGACAAUAAUGCAAAGAGCAACGGGCAAAAAUCAGUGCGUCGUUGGUGGACAGGUCGCUCUUUUUGUUUUUUGGUGCUAUGGGACAAAAUUUUUACCCACUAUAAUUACGGUCGUCAUGGCUCAAUGUGUUUCGCUUUUCACGCUUUGCCCGAUUUAUGCAAAAAUCAACAGCAAAUGUUUUUACGUUUAUCCGGAUGCUGAUGGCGAUAUCAGUUGGGGCGGUUGGGGCGAAAAACCUAACGUCAUCGUAGCCGUGCAACAUUUCGCUCUGACUAUCAUAGUUUUACACUUUGUAACUAUAUCGAUGAGCUUCGUUCAUAGAGAGUACUCUAUUUGGAGAAAACUGCCUUUUAACAAUUGGGCCUGGUUCCUUUGUGCAUUUAUUGUACUGGGCAUUCAGGCUACAUUUUCAGGAAUUUUAUUGACAAAUUUUUGGAACGAUGAGGGACAAAAGAUCGACCCACUUCCUCUGCAUUUGCCACUCUUUUUUCUACUCACACUUCCUCUCGUAUUCGCCAUUAAUGAAUUGAUCAAAUGGCAAGAGAUUAAGGUUAAUGUAAGGUACCAAAAACGUGCCCGUCUAGAAUUUGGGACUAAACUCGGUAUGAACUCUCCGUUUUAAUCAAGAAACGGUAGAACUGGAAAAACGCUCAUCCCAACGACUUUGCGGAUUGAAUUUUUAAUGCCAAAUGUUUUCCCCCACUCGUGAUAUAUUUUUUAUGGAACGAACAAAAAAUCUCAAAUACUUCAACCAUGAACAUUUGUAUUCGUAAAGCUCCGUGGUUAAAUGGACAAAGAAAUUUUUUAUGAACCAAACAUGAGGGGCGAGGGAAUGAAACAUUUUCAUACUAAAAGCACAAACUGUCACGUUUAAUUUAUCUGUCAAUAACUUAUAGUUCUUUUAUUUCAUCUGCGAGGUCUCGACUGCAUUCUAUACAAUUACGCUUUUUUAUGAUAUUUGAUUUAUAGUCUUAGGCUCUAGUUUUAGAUAUAGGGAAACGCGAGCAUUUAUUCUAUUUUUUUUUCAUCUUCAUAUACGACUGGGUAAUUUCAUUCAUCCGAGAGUUCUGGUACACUGACACACUUUAAGAGACAAACUGCAACAAACAACUAGUGAAAGUCACAAUAAUAAAUAUUCAUAUUUUUCUAUCACUUCGAACUUUUGAUUUCGAAAAAUGUGUAAUGAAAUUCCUCAAUUUACGGACAGAGAGAGUCACAUUAUUUGUACAUGAAUCGCUCAGCUAUACUGCGAAUGUAAAUCGAGGGUUAACGUUACUUCAUUAUAGUGGUUGAUCAAUUUAUCAGUGCGACCUACGGAAAUUAAUGAAUAGGCCUCAAAGUACUGCGGCAACGAAAUUUUCUGUUUCGGGAUUUAAUCUCCAUAUGGUUUUGCCUACUUAUGAUCUCAAUUUUAUUAGAAACCUCAAUGGCCAUGACAAAUUUUCACGGAAAUAGUAACUGCCAAGAGGCAGUUAACAGCGAAUCUAAUGAAUAUGUUACACAGAAAUAGUAAAAAUGGAGGAAAAUCCAUUCAAUGAACAAAAUAGUGUCAAUAAAAUAGUAUUGAGUAUUUGUUUUCAUCGAAGCAAGCCAAAAAAUAUACUCUUCGCUCGUAUUGAAGAAUGUAUUGCUUAAAAGAUCAUUAUAAAUGGCGCAAACAUAAAAAUCUCUUGUUCUUGCAGCAAUUCAAUCAAUGUGUCUUAGUUGCCUCAGAACAGUGAAUAAUUUAUGAGCAAAAACCGUGAUAUUUUGUAUUCAUCCCUUAUUUGAAGCACGUUGAAUAUUUCCCGUUCACGUUUUUCAUAACGGCCCUGGUAAUUUGAUCACUUACUGUACAAACUGGAUAUGUACAUAGAGAUACAUAAGCUACUAGAGACUUGAAUUGAGUUUUAUUGAUAUUGUAAUGCUCCGUAGUGAAUUAUUUUUAAAAAAGAUACUUUUACAAGUAUCGUACAGUCCUUGACAAAUAGUUUUUUUUUUUUUUUCAAAACGAUAAUAUUGCGUAAUAUUAUUUGCCUUGAUUGGAACAGAUUUUUUUCCGUGUCCAUGUAAUUCAAUUAUAAUAUCAAAACACAAAUCUUUAUGGGAGAUACGCCAUAACAUAUUUUUUGUAUUCUCGAAAAAAUAAUUUGUAACUUCAUAAUUUCGAUUAUAUUGUUUUUUUUAAUGCUAUUUCUUAGAAUACAUUGUGUAUACCCCCGAUUCGAGGUUCAACAUAAAUUUAGAUCAAAAUAAAUUUAAGACUCGUACGGUCGCUAAUAAUUCUAAACUCUGUAUCAGUGAAUAAAGUAUUUCGAGCGUUACGAAA